CAACCUUACAACGCCAACGUAUUCACCGAGGCAAGUAUACAAGCAUUUGAACGGGUGUGCGUGAAAACAGACCACAGCGCGAUCUUGCUUACACCCAACGCAACAGACUUCCGACCAUUUCAGACAAUUAUUAAGUUGAGCAUUUUACUUUGUGAGUACAUGUUUUUCACCUCAUCUCGGUUCUAAUUUCGUAACGCGAAGCUAUUGACUCUGUUGCAAACUUGCACUCGUCGAGUAGAAAUAGAAGGUAGAGAACGACGUAAACCUACAUGAUUAAAAAUGUCGAAACGAGGAGAUGAAAACAUGGAAAUAGGAGUGAUUGGAGAAACCUCCUCGAAUGAAGGUCUCGGGUGUUGUGGAAUCCUACUGGCGAUCAUCUCAGUGAUAUUCGUGAUCUGCACGCUGCCAUUCUCACUGUUUGUCUGCGUAAAAGUGGUGCAGGAGUACGAAAGAGCAGUUAUCUUCAGACUUGGGCGUCUCUUGUCCGGCGGUGCUAAAGGUCCAGGACUGUUCUUCGUCCUGCCUUGCAUUGAAGAUUACACCAAGGUAGAUCUCCGUACCAUUUCGUUUGAUAUUCCUCCUCAAGAGAUUCUGACUAGGGACAGUCUGACCAUCUCUGUGGAUGCAGUGGUCUUCUACCGUGUCAAGAAUGCUACCAUCAGCAUCGCCAAUGUAGAAAAUGCAGGGAAUUCAACCAGACUCUUGGCUCAGACAACACUCCGUAAUGUCCUGGGCACCAAGAACUUGGCCGAGAUCCUGGCUGAACGUGAAGGCAUCAGUAACUACAUGCAGUCCACCCUAGACCAAGACACCGACCCCUGGGGUAUCCAAGUAGAGCGCGUUGAGAUCAAGGAUGUUCGUUUGCCUGUCCAGCUCCAGAGAGCCAUGGCUGCUGAGGCUGAAGCUUCCAGAGAGGCCCGGGCUAAGGUGAUUGCUGCUGAAGGAGAACAGAAUGCUGCUCGUGCCUUGAAGGAAGCUGCAGAUACUAUGGCAGAAUCCCCAGCGGCCCUUCAGCUGAGGUACCUGCAGACUCUCAACACCAUCUCAGCAGAGAAGAACUCCACCAUCAUCUUUCCUCUUCCUAUUGAUCUCUUGCAGGGCAUCUUGACUAAGUAAAACAGUCAUAUUGGUUCUGAUGAUCAGUCUUAUUAUAUUUCUCAUACGAAUAUAUAUUACGUUUUAUUUUAUAAAUAUCUUAACAUCCUAUGAUCUUUCCUCUACCUAUUGAUCUCGUGCAAGGCGUCAUGAAGUAAACAAUCACCAGUAUGCCAGAUGUCUUGGCAAAGGAGACGUACAUCUAGCUCUCACAAAAAUUGUUAUGCUGUUAUAUGCUAUCCGAUAACUUUAUUUGGGGCACAACUGCCAUUGAUGGAAACAAAAGCAAAAUAAAUCCACAACACCGUUUUUGUGAUUGCUAUAAUAUUUUGUACUUUUUGUAGAAUUCGAUUAAUUUAAUGGGUGGAGUGGAUAACUUCAAUUUUUUUGUAUCAAUGUAUUUCUAUCUAUGUAUUUUUAUUGCUGUGAUAUUUCUAUUGCUAUGGUAUUUUGAUAUGAAAUCGUGUUACAGAUGCUAAUACCAGUAAAUUCAAAAUACAUAAGCAGAUCAAACAAAAUAUAACUUAUGUAAAAUCUCAUUUAUUAUCUGUUGAAUUUUUACUGACUUGAUUUUACCCUUUUCCUGUUUAUUUUGAAACAUAAUUAUUAAAAAUCGGAUCAUUUUAUGAAUAAGUUACCCAUUAAUGUUAUUUUUUCAUUAUUUUACUAUUUGGUAGGUCACGAAAAAAUACAGCUACAAUCAUUGCAGAAUUGGUAAUAGAUGGGCCGUUUUGAUUUAAAGCGCCUUACGAAAAGUUUGAAUGAGCAUAUUCGUUUUUGUAAAUAAUUUUAAGAAUUGGUAAAAAGGAUAAUACAGGAAGUUGUACUAUUCAAAGUAAAUAUAGUACUGCUUUAUCAUAUUGGGCAGCUUAAAUAUAUUUAAGAAUGUGUAGCACGGAUUUUUGUUUCAACUUUGUUGUCUACUGUUUGACUAAUCUCAAACGCAAUUAUGCAUUUUGAGUCGUAAAGCACAUAAUGACAAACCUUAAGGGCGUGUUUAAAUUCUAUUAGCAACCAUUUUUUUUAUUUGCUGUACUUACGUCAUAACCUACUAAUCUCUAUCUUACUCAAAUAUGUAUACCCUCACAAUUAAGGAAUGAUGAGCAAAACCUAAUAAGUACCCACGCAUACUUGAAAUAAUAUAUCGAUACGCCUAGGUCAUGUUAUUGUUAUCAACAUAAUUAUUUGAGGCCAUGAGGCUAAAUUAGUAUAUUACAACUCGGACAGGCAUACAUUGUUUUUCUAAGUCUCAAUCACGAUAAUAAGGGGCUUAUGUCCCGUCUACGCUAUGCUGGAAAGCCAAUUAUGUGACUUUUUUAAAAUCAGCAUUUAUGUUCUUAAACAUUUAAAACCUCUCCUCUCUGUCAGUUCCCCACCCUUGCUGUUGUUUCAUACGAUAUCGAAAUUCUAUAUUGAUUACAACAUGAUCAGGUCUAUGCAAAAUUGGGCGUUUUUUCUGUUAAGAGAAAUCAUUAUGUUCCCCCAUUUUUAAAAAUUAACUUGUACAUCCAUGUUAUUCUUUAGCACGAGCUUUGCAUGAUUUACGGUUGCUUAGUGCGAUUCCUUUCUUAUAUUUCCCCCCGAAUAUGUAUUUAUAUUAUAUUAGCACAGGGGUCAAUAACAACAUGACCUUGCCAUUGUAUGUUGCAACGUUUUUAUCUUUUAUAUUGUCACAAUACCAUUUCUGUAAUAUUUUGUAUUGUUUCUACCAAUUAUGUAAUACUUAUAUUAGUAAUAGAAAAGUUAGUAUUAAUAGUAAUUUAUUUACUAGGACAUUGUUAAUUUCACUGCACCGCACUUCAACAGACGUAUGUUGGUUAAAUAAAUGCAGGUCAGUCUUUUAAA